AUGACCACAGCUACGCAGCAACAGCAGCACCAACCACCACAGCCUCACCUCGGCUUCAUUGUCGAUACAUACGAUCCGGAUGACGUGGUUCCUCGGGGGAGCCCCCUCAUGACCCCGCUCCGUCCUAAGCUCGAGCCGUCUCCAAGUCCUCCCCCAGAUAUACCUGCAACUCAAGUCAGUCUUAGUCCUUCCUGUAUCGGCGGUCGCGACAAGUCUAAUCGCCACAAGGUCCGUCCAACUUCUGGGGAUGCCGUCCUAGUCGCAUAUCUCGACAACGGACGCGACCCUGAAAUCGCUCGCGCAGCUGGCCGCGAAAGUCUUCCAUGCGACGAAGAAUCUCCAGAUGAAGAUGCACCAGAUAGACGAGUGGAUGGGGAUCUCAUCAGCGGGCCGUCGCUUCGGCAUCUCGCGGCGGACGCAUUGCAGGCUGCCUCGUUAGCUACAGCGCCAGCAUCGCUUCCAGCUACAGUGCCUAAGACAAUCCCCGAUAUAUCGAUACCGACUGGUCAGCUGUCCAUUCACGACGAGCCUCCACCCACCAGCUUAAAUCCAGCACGAUAUACUUCUGGCAACAGAGUCACGUCACCACUAAUUUCUUCGCCCAGUGGACCCUUACCACCGCUUCACAACGGGGUUCGUGCGCCAGUUGGCGAACACAAAGAGACCCUACCGUCACAGUCUCUUCCAUCUCUACGUUCUACCCUCGGAGAACUUAGGGAUUUGGCCACUGAGCAUUUGCCCGAACAGGAUCUUGGACGUGUCCCUUCGGGGCCAUCCACAACAUUCCCUACCUCACCUGCAGGAAAUAUUGGGCAUCGCUUCAGUGUAAGCACCCUUCCGUCUUCGCCUCGUUCACCACCCGAAGGUUACAGGACACUUUCCCCGCAUUCUGCUCCGAGUGCCGGUAUUCAUUACUAUACGACAAGUAGCACCCACCCUCGCGCCCCAACGGAAUACAGUAGCAGCAAUGCUGGUGAGACUCCAAACACAGAUCAUUCCGCUUCUACACCCGCCACUUCUACCUCUAUCAACUCUACCUCUAUCACUGAUCGCAUGAGUAUUGACGGUAUUACACACCCGCAACCUAUCUCCGGCUCCUACACAUGCACAGUGCAGGGAUGCAAUGCUGCACCCUUUCAAACCCAGUAUCUUCUUAACUCUCAUAUGAAUGUGCAUUCGUCAGCCCGGCCGCAUUACUGUCCGGUAAAGGGGUGUCCAAGGAGCGAAGGAGGAAAGGGUUUUAAACGCAAGAAUGAGAUGAUAAGGCACGGUUUGGUCCAUGACUCUCCGGGCUAUGUGUGCCCCUUUUGCCCUGAUCGGGAACAUAAGUAUCCACGCCCGGAUAAUUUACAGAGACAUGUCCGUGUUCAUCACGUAGACAAAGACAAAGACGAUCCACAACUACGAGAUGUACUCGCUCAGCGGCCUGAUGGACCUAACCGUGGUCGGAGAAGACGCGGUCCACCUUCGUGA